UGACGUCACUCUCGUUACGGAUGUAAACAGAUCUCGUCGCACAUGGAGCAAAAAGCGGGGAUGCUGUCGACUGUGGAGCGGUUUGUCUGUCCGGGAAAGGGGAACGGUCUCCGGGCCACAGUUAGGAUCCGCCGGGGGCAGCUGGUGACCUCCGCCGAGCCGCUGGCGUCCUGUGUGUCCGGCAAACGGGCCGCAGAGGUCUGCCACCACUGCUUCACCCGACGAGAGACCUUGUUGAGAUGUUCCCAGUGCAAGAUGGCUCGCUACUGCAAUGCAGGUUGCCAGAAACAAGCGUGGUCUGGCCAUAAGAGAGAGUGUAGGUGUCUUCGCCGUCUCCUCCCCAGACUCCCCACUGACUCAGUCCGUCUGGCUGCCAGAAUCAUGUUUGCUCUGUUAAACCCUCCUAAGACUAAUGAGCUCUACACUUUAGAAGAACAUGAAUCACACUUGAAUUCGAUGUCUGAGCAGAAGAAGCAAGGGCUUUCUCAGCUGGCGUCCAUGUUGGCACUGUAUGUGCAACAGGAAGAAGAUUCUAACCUCACACAGGAAGUGACAUCAGCCCUGCCGCCUUCCUGCAGGGAUCCACUUAGCCUCAUUGCAAAGGUGACGUGUAAUUGUUUCACCAUCAGUGACGGGGAGCUGCAGGAGGUCGGAGUGGGGCUUUAUCCAAGUUUAUCCCUGUUGAAUCAUGACUGUCGGCCAAACUGUGUGAUGGUGUUUGAGGGUGAGCGGCUGCAGCUCCGAGCCGUCCAGGACAUUCGCCCUAAAGACGAGUUAACGAUAAGUUAUAUUGAGACUUUGUCCCUGACUGAAGAGCGGCAGAAGCAGCUGGAGGAGCAGUACCACUUCGUCUGCCACUGCCAAAGAUGCAACUCAAAAAAAGAGGAUGGAUUCAUUCUGUCGGGGGAAGAAGAAAAGUGGCAGCAGCUGAAGGUGGCGCUACCGAGACUGGAAGGACUGAAAACCGAGUCCAAUUGGCCGGCGUUGUUGGAGAGCUGCAGUAACCUGCUGUCAGCUGCUGGAGCUGAACUUCCUGAUGAAAAUCUGUACAGGCUGAGGGUCACAGACAUGGCUUUAGAUGCUGCUGUUCAGCUGGGGCAGUGGGAGGAGGCUCUGACAUACGGCAAGCAGACACUUCCAGCUUACAGGUUGUUCUACCCUGAUCCUCAUCCAGUUCAUGGAGUUCAGCUGAUGAGAGUGGGGAAGCUGCAGCAUCACCUGGAGCACCUGGAGGACGCUUUGGACACUUUCAAAGAGGCUUUUAUAAUCAUGAGGAUGACUCAUGGUGAUGAUCAUCCCCUGACCUCUGACCUGAGGAUGAAGAUGGAGGAAUGUCGUCUGGAGAUGGAUGCGCAGCAGUCUGGCAGACAUUAAGACAGACUAUGGACUGAUAUAAACAUUAAACAUACUUUAAAAGUUUGUAUUUCUGGAGAUUUUCCAUUUUUCCAUUUUUUAUGGGUGCAUUACGAUGUAUCAGAUUACAUUUUACUGCGGUUUAAUGGCUGUUUUAUAGGUCGAUUUGAGGUCUUUACUAUCUCUUUAUUAAAGACCUACUGGUAUUGAUGGCGGCUGAAUUUACCUACAUUAUGUGGUCAACAAACCUCUUCUUGUGGUUUAUCGCAAUAAAAUAAAAGAGGAAUCCAUCAAAAGUGUCCUAAUAAUCGUAAACACAUUGGAUUCUUGGCAAACUCAAGAAGAUCUGGAUGUUCUUUUAAAGGUAAUGUAAAACCACACAAUAAAAUCUAACUAAUAAAGCAAAUUCUGAAAGCGCA